UUUAUUUUAAUAUUUUCAUCGCCGUGGUUUAACAAAUGAAAUUUUAACUUGAACUUAUUUAUAAGAUAUAUAUAUAGUUUCUAUUUUUUUUUCUUAAAACUAAUAUUUCAAAGAAAUGCAGAAAAGGGUUCGAAAAAACUCGGAUAUUAGUAAUUGCCCAAAAAAAAUUAAGUUGGAUAUCACACCACAUACAACCACGAAUAAUGAUCAGGAUAAUGGAACAACUAUUCUAAAAAAUGAAAAUGAAAUAAAAAGUGAAUCGUUGAUAAGAACCCCAACUGCAACAAUUAUGUCCUCCUCUGUGGAUUCAAUUAAUAGUGAUUUAAGUGAUGUAAAUAUUAUUGUUGAUAAGUUUAACAAUCCCAUGUUGAAAACUUUUACAAAAUCGUCUGAUUCGGAUUCGAUGGAUUUUAAAGAAGUUUAUCAUAAUAAAGAUACUGAAGGAAGUGCCAAUGAUGAACACCAUCAAUUACAGCAGCAUUUAGUGGAUAGCGUAAGCAAUUUGCAAGAAAAUUCCGAAUCUUUUCAAGAUUCUGGAAAGGAUUCAAUGGAAACUCUGAGUAAUUUUAAGCUUCUUCAUCGAGAAAGUGAUAUUUUGAUUGAUUUUGAAACAAAUACGUCUGUUGAGAGCAUCACAAACAAUCAAACACCUGAAAUAUCAGAUUCCAGUAUUUGUUUGCCUACAGAGAAUGAUAUAUUUUCAAUACUAGAGCCUAAAGAUACUAUGAAAAAAACAUUAGAAACAUCAAAAUCAGUAGAUGAUAAACAAAAUCGUUCUCACGAAGAGAAGAAAACCCAAGCUGUAGAUGAUGCACCUAAAUUCUCUAUAGGAAAUGCAACCAUAUCUGUUCCACUUCUAAAGCCUCUGAACUUUAGAAGAAUUGCAACUAAUGACGGAAAAUCUGUGCCGAAUAUUGUCCGAAAGGUUAUCAACAUUCGUGGCAAUAAAAUUAAAGCUCCAACAAUUGUGCAGCUUUCCCAAGUGCAUUUGAAUUCAAAAAUGAAUAAUUCAAAAAUUGUUCAAGCUACUCUAGUUGGGAAUAAAAUUCAGCUACCGAACAUUGGUUUCAAAUCGACACCGGGCUCAAGUUUUUCUAAACAGAAUUUUGUGCAACCAUCUCAACUGGACGUCACUACUUUACCGAAGCAAAUAUUUGAAGAUGAAAUGGUCUUUUUAGAUAAUACCCCAAUGAAUCAAGAACAGCAAGCACAAAAUCCACAAGCAGAAGAUAAUGUUGAGGCCACAUCAAUUGAGAACCUAAUUGUUUCCAAUAAAACCCAGCAAAAACCCAAAGAUUCCCAUAUAAAGACAGUUGCAUAUGAUGAACAGGUUCCCAGAAGCAGUCCUUCCUACGUUAACCAAUGUCGUUUAAUAGAAACAGAUUCUAAUGUCACAAAAUCUUUGGAUAGCACCACAACUGAGGCCACACCUACUUCCGUGGUUGCUUCAUCCACAAAUGCUGAUAAUAUGCUACCGAGAAUGACUACAUGUCUUCCAAAAACGGUUUCGAGGAAGCCUCUAAUUUUGACAACAAAAACAAUUACUACAUCCGAAGUAUCAAGUGGAAAAGAUGCCUCCCGUCUGAAUGACACAAAACAAAUAGUUGACAAUACAAUGAUAGGCAAAAUGCUUGAAGAAAACUUUCUUUUACGUAAACAAAUUGCUUUAGCAGUACAAAAUAAUGUUAAUAGACUGCAGUUAAAAGUCACCAAAACAACUGAAGAAAAUAAAGUAAAGAGAAUUGAAAAUAGAAACGUUGAAUCCGUGGUUCCCAACCAAAGUCAACAAAAGCGUCCCAUUUCUAAAUCUGGCCAAAUACCAGUAAAUGAAUCUACGUCCACUGAGAAAAUUGAAAAACCAAUUAAUCCGAAAUCAGAUGAGACUCAAAAUGUACUAUUAAAGCACUUACUUCAGUCAUCUAUUAGUCAACGAUCUAAUCCAGGAUGCAACCAGUCAUUAGCUCCACGAAAACUGGCUACAGUCCGCGCACCAAGCUUGGGUGUUGUAAGUUCUCUAGAAGCACAAUUAGCUCGUCCAGUUAUACCGCCUGUUUCAUCGGUGGGUGACCUCAAACCAGAAAUUAAAAUACUCAACAAAGGUGUCAGUGACAAGGCUAAGAAAAACACAGGUAACGAUCGUGACGUGGCUGUGAGUGCUUUAAAGAAUAAAUCUCAAAUGAUUUCUAGAGAAACUUCAUUCGUCUCUGCAUUUUCUCCAAAAGCAAAAAAUCCCAAUGAACUUGAGAGAUCUAUCAAUGCUCCGGCAAAUGCUAAUCAAAUUGUGCAAGCAGAUACAAUUUCAAAACCAGUCGCUAUCCAACAAACUGCACAAAAUACAAAUAAUAACUACAGUUCGAUUAAUGUAUUUAAGUUCUUUAAACAAAAAGAACAAUCUGCUAAUGAUGGUACAAUUUCCGAAAAUAAUUCUAAUAACGUUCAGAACAAACUUCUCUCUCCACAAGAGAGCGCCGACACAAAAAUGUCUAUUAAGAGCGAAAUAGACGAUACUCGUAGCUCACCGACAGUGAAAAGCAAGUUGGUUAAAAUGGAUAUUGAACAAAAUACAGAGUUGCGCAGGAAAUUUAAACGUGAUUAUCAAAAACACAAAAGAUAUAUGUUGCACCAAAAAGAUCCCCUAAAGAAGAGGCCACGAAAACUUUCAAAGGCAACUGAAGAUUUCGAUGAAUUCAUUGAGAACAAAGUUGUGCAAAUGAAACAGAUGUUUGUCCUCGAAGUUUUAGAACCACUUUUGUCGACAUUUCUUGGAAUUUGUUCGGUCUAUGGUUACAAUGAUAAAGUAAAGAACCAAUACCCAUAUCAAAGUUCUUCAAAGGACGAUUUCGGGAAAAUAAAUCUUAAAAACUAUGUUGAUUUUUACUCAGUAGAACCAUACGGUUCAAACAGAAAUGAUAAACCAAAGAUUGUGACCUCGUUUCAAAAUAAAUUUUACGACGAAGAGUUCUCUACCGUAAAUGAGGAAUCUUAUGACAAAUUGUUUCAAUUUAUUAACAACUUGAAGCACCUGCAUUUGCAGCUGCCGUCGGAAAAUGUUUCAGUUAUUCCACGAUCGCCACCGUACAAUGAACUAAAAAGUAAAUCGCUCUUGAAUUUGACUUACCCGGGAAUCAAGACAGAAACUAAUUUCAAUUUAAAUUCUGAAAGAAUGUCCCCUGUAUUGUCAGUUGUUAAUCCAAAAUAUUUCGGUGGAGUAGUUAAGCGCAAGAAGAAAACUCAUUUGAACCUAAAAAACAAUUAUGGUGUGGAAACGGCUGUUAUUUUGAAACUAUCUUCAUUUGUAGCUGAAAACAUCCUUGACAUUUUGCGGGAUUUGGAUAACUUGCUUAAUGUGCAGUCACCAGCUUCACCUGCUUAUAAAGUACUUAACAAUAACAAAGCAAAUCUUCGUAAAGGCUUGUAUGUAUCUCGAAUAAAAAAUCUUCAAAAGACCGAAUCUACAAAUAUACAAAAUUUCUUGAAUGGUACUUACAAAUGUUGUCGCAAUUGUCAUUUAACUAUUGUAUGUGGUAUAGUUGGUUCAGAUUCAAAUUCAAACAUCAAACAAAAAAUACUAUCCGAUGUAUAUUUUUGUGAUAAAUUUUGUUGCAUACAAUAUAAGAAGAAAGGUAAAAGGUUUGUUGUUACACGGAAGAAAGCACGUUGUUUACAAAGCAUUAAUAAUAAAAACAAUAAUAAUACAGUCAACCAAGUUAUAAAUACAAAUAAUGAGAAAAGUUAUUGUAACACUUCGAAUUAUAAAGUUGUUGGGCCUAAUACUUUUUGGAAACCAACUCAUAAGACAACUGCAAGUGAGGAUGCAAAUGAGAUGGCCCUAAAGAUGCGAAUUGCAAUUACCAUAAGUUCAAAUAAGGAUACAAGACGAUGUGUUUUGUGCAACCAAAAAGGUGAUUCCUUUGUCGACGGGUCUUCAAGGCUACUUAAUUAUGAUGUUAACAAAUGGGUUCACCUCAACUGUGCUCUCUGGUCUAAUAGUGUUUAUGAAACUAUUAACGGAGGACUCAUGAACUUAGAACUUACAAUGCAACAAGGAUCACAUCAAAUAUGCACUUUUUGUAAUCAGUAUGGUGCAAGCAUAAAAUGCUUUAAAAUGAGAUGCACUCAUAUGUAUCAUCUUCCCUGUGCUAUCAAAGAACAGUGUGUUUUUUAUAAAAACAAAACAAUUCAUUGUGCUUCUCAUGCUCAUAGAAUGGAUAAAAAGAACGAGUUAAGUACGAUUCGGGUUAAAAGAAGGGUUUAUAUUGAACGAGAUGAGAAUAGACAAGUUGCCGCAGUAAUGCACCAUCUGGAGCUCAGCAAUCUUCUACGAAUCGGAAAUCUUACAUUUAUUAACGUUGGCCAGCUUCUACCGCAUCAACUAGAGGCUUUUCAUUCCCGAAAUUAUAUCUAUCCAAUAGGAUAUAAAAUAAUACGGUUUUUUUGGUCAACGAGGAAAUUAAAUAAACGCUGUAGGUACAUAUGCUCAAUAGUGGAAACAAAUGGACGCCCAGAGUUUGUUAUUCAAAUACAAGAGCAGUUUGAAAAUGAUGUCGAGCUAAGGGACAUCUCACCGAAGGCUGUUUGGCAACGAGUUCUAGAUAAAAUUGUGUUACUCAGAAAAGGACAAUCAAUAGUGCAACUCUUUACAGAAUUUAUUACUGGUGAAGAUAUGUUUGGCUUAUCAGAACCUUCAAUUGUUAGAAUUCUAGAAAGUUUACCUGGGGUAGAGAGCUUGACUGAUUAUAGAUUUAAAUAUGGGCGAAAUCCACUUCUAGAACUUCCAUUAGCUCUUAAUCCAUCAGGCUCUGCACGUACUGAACCAAAACAAAAGCACAUUGUCAAUUGGAAAAAGGCGCAUACACAGAGAACAAGUUCAAUUAAUGUAAAAUUCACUCUCUCCCCAUCGUCACUGGUAGCCGGAGAAGUGGCUUGUCCAUAUAGUAAGCAAUUUGUGCAUUCAAAAAGUUCUCAAUAUCGAAAAAUGAAACAGGAAUGGCGCAAUAAUGUCUAUCUUGCAAGAUCUAAAAUUCAAGGACUUGGUCUUUAUGCUGCACGUGAUUUAGAAAAACACACAAUGGUUAUUGAGUACAUUGGACAAGUCAUUCGUACAGAAGUAUCAGAAUUACGAGAGAAACAAUAUGAUCUAAGGAAUAGAGGGAUUUAUAUGUUCAGGCUCGAUGAAGAACGUGUCGUGGAUGCAACACUUUCUGGGGGGUUAGCUCGUUAUAUCAAUCAUUCUUGUAAUCCAAAUUGUGUUACAGAAAUAGUCGAUGUUGAUCGGGAAUACAGAAUAAUUAUAUUUGCAAAACGAAGGAUCAACAAAGGGGAGGAGCUAUCGUAUGAUUACAAAUUCGACAUUGAAGACGAUGCCCAUAAGAUAUCUUGCAUGUGUGAAGCACCUAAUUGUAGAAAGUGGAUGAAUUAAUAUUAAUAUAAUUAAUAUUUUAUAAACAUUUUCUAAUAUGUAUUUAAAACGUAUGACCAUAAUUAAUAUAAGAACUAAAGUUGCCUUUUGUGUAGAGAAUUUUUAAUCUGCACGCAUAUAAGUAAAAGAAUAUUAAAAAUGUAUAAAUAAAUUUAACUAAAAAAACGUC